GGCAGCGCCGCCGCCGCCGGCGGCACUGGCGGCGGCGCGGUCGCCGUGGCACUCGCCGGUGCCGUACCUCUUCGGCGGCUUGGCAGCCAUGUUGGGUCUCAUUGCUUUCGCUCUCCUACUGCUUGCUUGCUCCUACUGGCGGCUCUCCGGCUACCUCGAAAACGACGGAAACGAAAACAACGAUAGCUCCGACAUCGAGGCCGCCGGCGGCGACGGGAACGGUCGCGGCGGGGCGCCGCCGGUGUUCGACGAGAAGCUGUUAGUAAUCAUGGCCGGGCAGGUGAAGCCGACGUUCUUGGCGACGGCGGUGGCAAUUAGAACGGCGUCGUUUGGGAGUAGCUGUAGUAGUAGUACGCAGAGCAGCGAAAGUUGUACCGCGGGGGGAGAAGAUCAAGAGAAACGGGAUCAGGAGAAAGAAUAAUCUUGUGGAAAUGGUUAGUUUGGAGGGCCCAAUGGACAGCAUAUUUUGUAAUUGUAUGCUUUUUUUAAAAAAAUUAUUAUGGAGUAAAAUUCUUUUUAUAUUUCCAUUGCUUUUUCCCCCCUUUUAAGAGUUUUCACCCAAAUAAUUUUAAUCAAAUUUGUGAAAUUUC